AGGACGCCAGCCAAACUAAACUAGCCCUCGAAUGGCCACUCCUACUUGUCAGGAUUGGAUUUGGGAUUCGUGGAGCGGACCACGCGCGCGCUUUGUUUGCCUUCCUCCCCGCUUUCGCUCCGGCCACGGCCGCAGAUGGCGACGGCCACCGCCUCCACGUCCCUCCGCCCGCCGCCGUCCCCGUCCCCGCCUCGGCUUGCGGGGUCGCUGCGCCAGUGGUGCUGGGGAACCCCUACGCAUUCCUCUCGGAGAGCAUUCCACGCGCAUCGGCGGAAGAGGAACACUUUGUUAUGCGCAGCCGUUAAAGGCCCAGAAGAAUCCUUCAAGAAGACCAUUGAAGUGGAUAGGCUGAUUGAUAUGCUGAGAGAUGCAAAUCCCGGAGAGCUUGAUCUAAUAGUGGUUGAAAAUAUUCUAGCGUUCAGUGAGGGUUUCUGGGUUCGGCUGGCUGCUCGGAUUGAUCUAUGCAAAUCGGAUGAUGAUAAAAAAGAUUAUGAAGAACUGGCAGAGAAUGUCAUGAACAUAGUUGACCGUGUCGUCCACAAGACUGAUGAGAAGAUUGAACAAUCGACUGAUGUUCUGAAGGCAAUUAUUAGUCCUGUUAUGAAUGAAGGAGAAGAUGCGAUGUGGCCACCAAGAAAUCCGGAGGCUCUCAAAUUGAUGGAAAAAGAAAUAUCAAACAGAGAAAAAGAAGGACAGCUAGAUGAGAGUUUUCUGUCAGAAGUUAAUGCUCAGCUGAGGCAAGCUAAAGAAGAUGUAGAUAAGCCAGGGCUUCAAGCAAUGCUGCAAAAGGUGUUGCAACUAUAUGCUUCCAACUUUCUCCGAAAACGCAGUUACGCUUAUAAAGGGGGAGAGGUUGUAGUGCCUGAAAAGUUUCUUGAAUCGAUAAUAGAGGCUCCCGAAAAUGACUGGAAUAGGCUGUUGCUUGAUGGACUUACAGUUGGAAAGGGAGAUGUUUCACCUGAAGAAUUUUACGCUGUUACCAAGAAGAGAAUUGAGAGAAUCUUGAUUCGCACGGAAGGUGGUUCUUAUCAGCAACGGGUACUUGUCGAAUAUAUAAAAGAGAUACAAGCUAGAGCAGAGGAAAUAGUGAACCGGCUUCAAGGCCCAGCUGUGUAACGUUUAUGGUACAUUUGUAAUUUCAGAACCAGUUAUAUCAAAUAAAUGAGAAAUAAUGAUUCCAUAAUUUAGCCA